AUGGACACAAUCGUUCUUCGAAAUCUCAGCAUUCUUCCUGCGCCCUCGCAAAAUGUUCCAUUUGAUGAUAGUUGUCGAUUUGAGGCGCAUAUAGUCAUUGAAGAUGUGGUGCAUGACGAAACAGAAGCAGUUGCAAAGGAAUCUGGAGUUUGGUCGUUUGAGGAAGAGGUACUUCUGAUAAUCCUUCAAGUGGACGAUCACGGCAUGAAGAAUUCCCUAGGUACUGUUGAUAUAAUCACUGAGCAAAUUCAAGCACCUGCUUCACAGCGAGAGACCCGUUUUCUUGUCGACAUCUCAUCCGAGGAUGAUCAGCAUUUUUUUCUAAACCUCUCUUUCACGGCAUAUUUGAUGACCUCCAACGUUAAGAAAGGUCUAUCUCCUGAGUCAGUGAUCUCAGUCGUCAAGGCUAUGGAAAUGGAGUCAAUUGACCUCCUGCUCACCCAGAUUCUCGAUUCCGACACCAGUUUCAUGAGUGCCGAUCAAGGUCUACUUAGUACAAUAUACGGAACUUUAUUAAAGCACCGUAAAGAUGAUGUGCAUACACCUCGAUCUCUGGCACUGCUCGCAAAUAUUUACCUGGCACGCUAUGAUUCCUUCCUAAACAUCGUAGGCGACGAACCAGAGAAGUAUCCAAUGUACCCAGUAUACAAUCGUGGUCUUAAGGUCGCUAUUUCAAUGCUGGAAAGUGCCCUCUCACUUGCCGCGGGUGACCACCCAAAGAAGCAGUGGAUGAUGAUCAGUCUUUGUAUGUGCUAUCAGCGACAAAUGGUUCAAUAUUCCAGCUCCCGACCUUCGAUGUUCAAAAACAUGACAUUGCGAAUGUACCAUGUCGUCCUGACCAUCGACGACACCGAGAAGCAAAAACCUGUGCUUUGUAACUACGUUGGUGUGGCUUUGGCUAAUUGCUUCUUGGAAAGCAAAGAGGACUCGGACUUGGAUGCCGCCAUUGCUGCUCAAGAGAACGCUAUCCGACUGACUUCCGACAGCGAACCGCAUAUAGUGUCCCUUUUAAUCGAUUUGAUCGACGUUUUGAACACUCGUGUUUCCCUACGCAAUACCAGUGGUGACACUAUACGGCUCCUCGAUGUCAAAAAGAGAUUCUUGCGUGUUACCCCUGACGACAACCCACGAAAAAUCCAUCUCCUCAUGUCCCUCGCUCAUUCGCUGUAUUCACAAUUCAAAGAAACCAGGACCCAAUCCAACAUCGAAGAAUCGGUAGCGCUUUAUGAACAGGCUCUGGAACUACUCCCCGAAGUUGAUCCUCUCAAACCGUCUGUCCUGAACAAUCUGGCCACAUCUCUUGCGGCCAGAGGUACUUCAUCAGAUAUUGAUCGGCUAACGCAACUUAUUCGAGACGCAAUUGCACUCACACUCGACACGGACCCAAACAGGGUUGAGUAUAUCAAGAACCUCGGGAACGCGAUUCAUAGCCAGAUGCAUCAAGGGGUGUGGGGUAUCGAGGAGUUCCGAAGGUACACCAAUCUCCUCGCCAGUAACAUCGAUGCACUUGACGAAGGUAACAUCGAUGCCAUCAUGCAGGAUCUUAACAUGUUUACCAAACUUGAAAUGGCGAAUAUCUCGACCGACGUCAUCUUGGAUGAUGUCCUGCCGCAUUUUAGGUCUUUUAUCAUGCAGCUCCCGGAUAGCUGUUUCUCCAAGUCGCUGGUGUUAUUUCAUCUCGGCUCAUUACUCUUCCGGCUUUUCGAACAACGCAGAGAACGUUUGCUGAUCGACCAGUCUAUCGAUUUAUUUGAACAAUCCAUUUCAUCCUCAGCAUAUUCUUCAAGAACGGUACUAUGGAAAAAUACCCUUGUACAAGCGUACAUCAGCAAAUAUGUUCAUUUCAAAGGUCUAUCUGAUCUAGACCAGGCCGACAACGUUUUAACGAUGACGUUACAACCACUUCCCACUGACCACGGCGACAGACCUUACCUCCUCGCCACACUCGCUUCUUUGUUAUACCAGCGCUUUCUGAAAGACGAUGACGUAUUAUUUUUGAAUCGAUGUAUUACCUCUUAUCUGGAGGCAUUGAGGGGGCUUCCGGAGGGUGUUCCUCAAAAAUUUCGCUGGUGCAGUGAACUCGGUCGUGCAUAUAUGGGACGAUUUGAUGUUCUGAAACAUGCAGAGGACAUCGACAAGGCGAUACAAUCCCUAAAGGACGCAUCAAAAGGAUUGAUGAACGACGCUCAACUAGUCAGCGAAUGCUAUAUGAAUCUGGCUCGGUCUUUGUUUAUUCGGUUCAACCAGACGUACCAACUUUGCGACCUUGACGAUGCCGUCGAAUACCUCGAAGACCCUCUUUCAUUCUCAGACCUAGAAAACGUCAAUAAUACUGCCAUUCUAGAACAACGUUUCUAUGACCUAGUAGAGGUUUUCCGUAACUUUUCCGGUACCACUGAUAUGGACGUUUGCAAAGAAGAAAUGGAGUCGUUGAUGGGCGAUACAGGGUUAGCAGGAAAGCUGCGCCUUCACAAUAUUGGUAUUUUUCUCUCGCUUCGUUUUGAAUCGCUUCAGGGCUCAGUCGACCAGAACAUGCUGGAAUCUAUCUCAACACUGGCAGAUUCUCUCCCUAUAACUGAUACUCACAAGGCAAGAUGGCUAGGCAUGCUUUUGGCGGUGUACAUUCAACAAUUCGAUGUUGCAGGCGAUGCGGAGAAUUUGGACAACGCUGUUUUCUUCUGCACAGAAUCCAUUCAACAUUGCAUUAUAUCUCCUAAUGAAUCAUCUGGGCCUUCUUCGUCCUAUAUACGGGCCCUUACUACAGCUCUUACUCGACGGUUCCGCCGAUCUGGAAACCUCGCUGAUCUCAACAAAGCAAUCAGUAUUCUGGACGAGGCUGUCUCUAUCCGUCAGGACGAAGACAUCACCAAGUAUACCCUUUUGAACGACCUGGGCUUUUCGCUUAUGGAUCGCUAUGAUCUCAUAGGUGAUAUCGAUGAUUUCAACAAAUCAGCCGAAGCUUAUAACAAAGCUCUUAAACUUGCCCCAUCCCGAGACAACAACGAUGAUGACCUUCAGUCAAACAUAGGAUUGCUGCGUCUUAGGAGGCUCAAACUUUCGGGUGAUAUAAAUGACGCAAAUGAUGCGGUAGCAUUCCUCAAGGAACAUAUGGAACGCUUACCCGAUGAAGACACAAAAAAGGUGGACGCUGUGGCUAGGUAUAGCCUAGCUGUACUGGAUCGAUACUGGCACUUCCGCGAUCCAGACGACUUAAACGUAGCCAUUGUUACACUCGAAUCCGCUCUUGCCCGACUCUCCGAAGAUUCGUCGCAAAAGGCAAGCGUCAUGCAUGAUCUCGGCUCGGCCCUUGCGCAGAGAUAUGUUCAAAGAAGUGAAAUUGACGACCUCAACCGAUGUCUGUCCCUAUAUCGCAAAGCGCAGGAUAUACUUACUGAAAAAAACGACCAUCGGUAUAUGCUCUUAUUUGAUAUCGGUCGGUGGCUUCCAGUCCGCUACGAGCGUCUGCGUAAUGUGGAGGAUCUUGAGGCUGCCGAUGCAGCACUGUUGAAAGCUUCGACACUGCAAUCUUCCCCUUUUCGUUGGCGCUUUCGAGCGGCGUCACUUCGUGGAUACUGGUGUCAAUCCCUGAAUCAUGGAGACCCCAUCAAGGGAUACACAACGUCGAUGCAGCUUCUCCCAAAUUUAGCAUGGCUGGGUAUCUCUAUUCGUAAUCGACAACAUCAACUUCUUGAGGUCGGUGAAGUGGUUCUGGACGCCGUUGCGGCAGCCAUUAAAGCUACUCGAUACGACCUUGCAUUCGAAUGGCUUGAAUAUGGUCGUUCAAUUAUUUGGAGUCAAAUUCUACAGCUUCGAGCACCGACGGACUCUUUGUCAUCACAGUAUCCCGAUAUUGCUCAGAAGUUUAUAGAGGUUUCUCUGUCGCUGGCAAAUAUGGAAGACGAGAACCCUUCACAACGGAUGUUAUCUGUGCCUAGGAAAACUCGAAAUGGUUCGCCGCGAUAUCACGAAUUAGCAGAUGAAAGGGAAAAACUUCUGGAAAAAAUUCGAGGUCUAGACAACUUUCACGAUUUUCUCAAGCCUCAAGAUAUGUCGAGCCUUUUCCGAGCAGCUUCCAAUGGUCCAGUUAUUGCUGUCAAUAUUAAUAAAUUCAGAUGCGACGCGCUGGUUAUAUUACCCGGUCAAGAAAAUAUAGUUCUCAUCCCACUCGACAAUUUUUCUUCGUCAGAAGCCUACGGUUUAAUGGGAACUAUGAAGAGCCUUAUACGACGUGCAACCAGGGCUCGUGGAAGUAACCGAGGACCAAGAAAAAGGUCGCCACUUACCCCCAAGACCUCGCAGGACCCCGAGGUUAUUUUCUCAGGCCUGCUGGCGAAACUUUGGACAGGUGUUGUUAAACCAAUACUAGACGGAAUCGGAUUUGCUAAAAACCCCGACAAUAUUACGGAACUCCCUCAUAUAUGGUGGUGUCUGACGGGCCCUCUUACCAUGCUUCCCAUCCAUGCUGCUGGAAUUUAUGAGCAAGAUGGUAGUUCACGGCGUGGGUCCAAGGUUUCAGACUACGCUGUCUCUUCCUACAUUCCGUCUCUAGGCUCGCUUAUAAACUGCAUGACUCCUCGCAAGAAUAAACGGCAGAAUCUAGUGGCUAUCUCCCUGCCCGUGGAGGCUGGACUACCUUGCUCACAAGCUGAAGUAGAGGUAAUACAAAAUCUCAACGACCGUUUUCCAGUAUCAACCUUAAUCGAAUUAGAAGCCACUCGAGAAAACGUGUUGAAUGGGAUGCAGUCGGCAGGCUGGGUUCAUUUUGCAUGCCACGGUAUCCAUAACCCAAACGACCCGCACAUGAGCGCCCUAAUGCUAUCAGGUGGGGGCAAGCUGACCCUAUCCGACAUCUCUAAACUUUCGUUGCCCCAUGCAGAGUUUGCCUUUCUCUCUGCAUGUCAAACAGCCACUGGCGAUGAACUUUUGCCCGAAGAAGCGGUGCAUAUAGCUGCAGGAAUGCUCUCCGCAGGCUACCAAAGUGUUGUUGGGACAAUGUGGUCGAUCUUUGACGAUGACGGUCCAAGAAUUGCAGAUCUUUUCUAUUCUUAUCUUUUCAGUCGGCCAAAACCUGACCCGACAGAUUCGGCCUAUGCGCUACAUUACGCACUAAAGACUCUCCGGGAAGAUCGUUCAUACAAGGCUUCUUUCUUUUCCUGGGUGCCAUUUAUUCAUUAUGGACUAUGA